UGGCCGUUCGCGGCAUUCGUCUGUUGAAGAUGAGGCAGCAUCCCGGCGUGAGCGACGGCUAUAUCAAGUUCCCUUGGACCCGGCCUACAUCUCUCCUAUCUUCUCAUCAUCACAACAACUACAACAACAACCACUAUUCAACAUCCAGCAACCCUUCUCCUCCCACUCCCAAGCUCCCGCUUUAACAGUCGCUUUCGUUCUCUGCUACCAGCCUCUUCCGAGUUCUCUCUGACUCUACUCCUAUAAAACUAAAAGAAGAAACCCUCUCCCCAACUACAUCGCCCUCGCUUUCAUUACCAACAACCUUUAUAAUGGUCUCCCCUGCCUUCAUCCGUCUCGCUGCCGGCGCCGCCAUCUUGGUGGGCGUCAACGGCCAGACGAACACGACAACUUCGCUGACUACCACCACCGAGGUCACGACUACUUCGAUCUCUUCCAGCACCACCAGCAGCCUUGUCUCUUCGUCCAGCACCUCUGUUGAGACCAGCUCCAGCAGCUCAAGCGUCAGUGAUGUAACUUCGACGAGCACCUCGUCCACCACCGCCGGUGAUACUUCCACAAGCACCGCCACAACCUCGGACACAACCUCGACCUCGCUCACGUCCUCUUCCUCUUCCCUCUCCUCCACCUUGGAGUCCAGCAUCACCAGCACUGACAUUACCACGUCUCUCACCACUGAGACGGCCAUCACGACCCUCUUCAACACGACCACGUCCGACCCGGUCACCCUGCCCACCUCGUCCACCUCCACCCUCGUCCUCCCCAACAAUAGCACCAUCAUCAUUAGCGUCACCACCACGACCCUUCCCACGACGAUCCCUGCCACGACGACCCCUGCCACAACACCACCCUUCACGAACAGCACAACCGCCAUCGUCUCUCCCCCUGCCACGACGCCUCCCUUCACAAACAGCACGACCGUCACCGUCUCUCCCCCUGUUGCGACGCUACCCGUCACGAACAGCACGACCGUCAUCGUCUCUCCCCCUGUCGUGACGCUCCCUCCCCCCGUGACGCUCCCGGCCCCGAUCACGACGACGACGUGCAACUUCAACGGGGUCUGCCGCACCAUCACUCUGCCGCCUGUCAUCACCGUCCUCCCGCCCGUGACGACCCUGACGCGCUGCAACUUCAACGGCACCUGCUCGACUAUCACCCGCACGAGGGACACCACCACGCUGGCCCCUAUCCUCACGGGCGGCUCGACCAGCGUCCGCAACGUCACAAACACGGCAACCUCCUCCAUCGUCCGGGUCUCGAGCGCUUCCACGCUUGUCACUCAGACCACUGGCCCGGGCAUCAACACCAGCAUCCGUCCCGUCACCUCCUCGAAUUCGCCCGUGACAACAUCCGGCCCGUCCACUACGCGCCCCGCCACCACGUCCCCUUCUGUUGUGGUCACCGCCGGCGAGCCCGCGCUGAAGGCCACAGGCGCCGUGCCCCUGAUGAGCCUCGUCGCGGUGGUUGCUGCCGGCAUGCUUGUCUUUAUGUAAUCGGUGUAUUGCUCCGCUGGACAUAUAAGUUGUGGGGCUAGCAUGAUGUCAAGAUGAAAGAUUCUCCUAUGUUUCAGUUAUUUUUUUCUCAAAUCUUUUGGUUUUUUUAUAUUUUUUGCGUGUUUGUUUGCAUAAGAUCUUAGCUUCAGGCUAGUGUGGCCUACCUAGCAUUAAGGUUUGCUUAUAAGAUUCUGGAACAAGUUGGUGAU